AAUACUGUCAUGUUUGACUUUAUAGCAGUGUUACGAUUUUAUAAUCAGAGAUUUAUAAUUUUGAUGAUAUUAGCCUAAAGUUUACGAGAAAAAUCCCUUGCAAAUACUCAAAAGAUUAAAAAAAUAAACAAAUCGUUUUUUAAAUAACACGGAUUCUUCAUAUAAGUACAACUAAACCAUUUUCUACACGAUAUUUCAACCUGGAUCUACGUUUUAUGUAGUAAAAAAUGAUCAUUACCAUAAUAAAGUAUAAGGACACGUAAUUUGUGCACAGAAGCAAACAAAGAAAAGCAAAGGCUACUUAUCGAAGAAGAAAUGCAAACAUUUACAGUAAACAAACAUUUUAUUUUAAUGUAAAUAUUGAAUUCUUUUAUAAAAUGUCUUCUGAAUCAGAAACUUAUACCUCGGGUACAGGUAUUCCAUGUCCAAUAUGCAAUAAAGUUUUCUGCAAAGAUGUAAUUGAAGAACACGUAAAUAAAUGUCUUUUUCUCAAUACUUCCGAACACAGUAGGGCAAAUAAACGAACCAACUCGCAAGUUGAUAUUUCUAUUGGAAAUGCCGGUCCAAGUAGCACAAAAAGGAGUUCACCUAUAUUAAAUUCUGCAGAAAAACGACUGAAACCUAGUACCUGGGCUUUAAAAAGUAAGGAAUGCCCAGAAGAAACAUUUAAUAGGAAAGAUACCCACAGUGAAAAAAAAGCUACACAACCUCUUGCAGAGACAUUGAGGCCAGUAAGCCUGGAUGAUAUGGUAGGGCAGGAGCAAGCAUUUGGUCAAGGCUCCAUGAUCCGUUCACUGCUUAAGCAGAGAAAAAUUCCUAAUAUGAUACUAUGGGGUCCCCCUGGCUGUGGGAAGACAUCAUUAGCAAAUAUUAUAUCAAACAUUUGUAAAGAGCAAAUAAAUACUAUGAGGUUUGUAAAAUUGUCAGCCACCAUGUCUGGUAUAAAUGAUGUUAAAGAAGUUGUGAAAGUUGCUAAAAAUGAAGCUCAGUUUAAAAGGCAAACUAUUCUAUUUAUGGAUGAAAUCCACAGAUUCAAUAAGCUACAACAAGAUACUUUUUUGCCUCAUGUGGAGAAUGGUACUAUAACUUUAAUUGGUGCUACAACUGAGAACCCAUCAUUCAGUUUGAAUAAUGCACUGCUAAGCAGAUGCAGGGUUGUUGUUAUGGAAAAGUUAUCUGUAGAGGAUAUAAUGAAGAUAUUAAUAAAAGCAAUUCACAGAAGUAAAGAUACAGUUAUAGCAAGUUCAAAAAAAGAUAUUGUAAAUAUCAAUGUUGAUUCUUGUCCUAGAUGCAUAAUUGAAGAGCCAUCUUUGCGUUGGCUAGCCGAAGUGUGCGAUGGAGACGCGCGUGUCGCUCUCGGAGCGUUAGAACUAGCUCUCGCCUCGCGAAAUGCAGACAGAGAUGUAGCAGUCUCUGGGCCCGCAACACUCACCUUAGAAGAUAUAAAAAACGGAAUCAAGAGAUCCCAUGUUCUUUAUGAUCGGAAAGGUGAAGAGCACUACAAUAUUAUAUCGGCGCUUCAGAAGUCAAUACGCGCGAGUGAUGAUAACGCCGCUCUUUAUUGGACUGUAAGAGCCUUGCAUGGGGGUGAAGACCCUCUGUACAUCGCGCGGCGUUUAGUAAGGGCAGCCUGUGAGGAUAUAGGUUUAGCUGAUCAGGGCGCUUUAGUUGAGGCUGUGGCUUGUUAUCAAGGUUGUCAGAACAUUGGCAUGCCCGAAUGCGACGUGUUAUUGGCGCAGUGCGCCGUGCGGCUUGCGAGGGCCUCGAAGAGUCGCGAAGUAUACCAAGCUAUGAAAAAAUGCCAGCAAUCAUUAGCUGAAACAAAAGGGCCACUCCCCCCCGUGCCAUUGCAUUUACGCAAUGCGCCCACAAAACUUAUGAAACAAUUAAAUUAUGGCAAAGGAUAUAAUUUGAUGCAUAAGAAUGAAUCAGGUUUAACUUAUAUGCCAGAAGGUAUGGAGGAUGUGACCUUUUUUCAACCAAGAGAAGAUUAUGAAGAUGAUUGAUAAUUGUUAAAGCAACUGAUAAAAUAAAACAUAAUAUGCCUAGUGUCAA